AUGCCAGUGACCUUUGCCCUCCUGCUCCUCCUGAGCCAGGCCAGCGCAGACCCAUGCUACCAUCCAGGGGGCCGCCCCCGCUUCUGCCUCCCACCAGUGACCCAGCUGGCCGCCAUGGCUGCCUCCUGUCCCCAGGCCUGCAUCCCCUCCCCGGGGGCGGAUCUCGGCCCCCGGGCCACCUGCAAUGGCAGUCUGACCCUGGCUCUGGGUGGCCCCUUCCUCCUGACGUCCGUCAGCCUGCGCUUCUGCACCCCGGGACCCCCAGCCCUGGUCCUGUCUGCCGCCUGGGCCACCGGAGGUCCCUGGAGAUCACUGUGGCGCAGACCCGCCUGGCCGGGGGCCUUGGGAGGCCCCGAGACGGUGACCUUCCGAGCCCCACUGGGCCCUAAGGCCAGGGUGGUGGCCAGUCACCUCCGUGUGGAGCUCGGGGGCCAGGCAGGGCUGGCAGCAGCAGGAGUGAGAGGCCGCUGCCAGUGCCAUGGCCACGCAGCCCGCUGUGCUGCCCGUGACCGGCCGCCCCGCUGCCGCUGCCGCCACCACACCACCGGCCCAGGGUGUGAGAGCUGCCGCCCAUCCCACCGCGACUGGCCCUGGCGGCCUGCCACGCCCCGGCACCCUCACCCUUGCUUGCCCUGUUCCUGCAACCAGCACGCGCGACGCUGUAGGUUCAACUCUGAGCUGUUCAGGCUAUCGGGCGGCCGGAGUGGGGGUGUUUGUGAGCGGUGCCGCCACCACACAGCCGGGCGGCACUGCCACUACUGCCAGCCGGGGUUCUGGAGGGACCCUAGCCAGCCCAUCAACAGCCGCAAGGCCUGCAGGGCCUGCCAGUGCCAUCCUAUCGGGGCGACAGGUGGUACCUGCAACCAGACCAGUGGGCAGUGCUCCUGCAAGUUAGGGGUCACUGGCCUGACAUGCAGCCGCUGUGGUCCCGGCUACCAGCAGAGCCGCUCCCCCAGGAUGCCCUGCCAGCGAAUUCCAGAGGCAACCACCACCCUUGCUACAACCCCUCACGCUUACAGCUCAGACCCUCAGUGUCAAAACUACUGCAAUAUCUCGGACACCAGGGUCCACAUGAGCCUUCGGAGGUACUGCCAGCAGGACUACGUGCUCCGCGCGCAGGUGCUGGCGUCCGAGGCGGCAGGCCCGGCGUGGCAGCGGCUGGCCGUGCGCGUCCUGGCUGUAUACAAGCAGCCGGCGCGGCCUGUGCACCGUGGCGGCCAGGACGCCUGGGUGCCCCGCGCCGACCUGGCCUGUGGCUGCUUGCGCCUGCGGCCCGCCACCCACUACCUGCUGCUGGGCAGCGCGGCCGCCGGCUCCGACCCCGCGCGCCUCGUCCUCGACCGCCACGGCCUCGCGCUGCCCUGGAGGCCGCGCUGGGCCCGGCCGCUGCGGCGGCUGCAGCAGGAGGAGCGCGCCGGAGGCUGCCACGGCCUGCGGCCUUCGACACCGAGCCCCGAACCCAGGAUCUAGAGCCGGAGUCGGGCGGCCUCGAACUCCAAGGAAGGAGCUGGAAGCAACCGCGAGAGGAGUCUUCUACCUCGACGGUGCGUCCCUCAGCAAGCCAAUCAGACGCCGCGGAGCCCCUGACGUCACUUGCAUGCGCCAGCACCGAGGAGGCAUGAGGGACUUUUAAAUAAAGGCGGCAAACCUCUUGGUCUCUGGCUAGGACACUCGGCCUGUGACCUACGCAGCUAGUCCCCUCAAUAAAGUCUCAACUCUUGGGGAAA